CACUGCACCCAAAGCGCCAUGACGAACGGGGGAAUACCUAUUAAAUUUCACUGUCAAGUUCAACCCAUUUUCUGAAGAUGGUUAGCCUAUAGGGCUGUAGGGGAGCGUGUAAAGAGAACAAAAGAGAAGAACUGAACUACUACGAUACUUAACUUUAGUUGGCAGUGGUGGGCUGACGACCACUUAGCACGUGCGCUCCCACGCAGUUGCACUCUGAAAUUCAUUCUGUCAGCGCGCACCAUCCAACGUCGCCUUCCCGCUUGUCGCUUUCUUGGUACUGAGACCUCAAAUUGAAUGGCUACAGAGAUGUAGCGAUCUCGUACAUUUGGAGCAGCUCUUGCGGUAAAAUGCGUAAAUGACUUAACUGUAAAAUACAGAUGUUCCGUUUUUUUGGAAUGUGAUGAUUCUGAUUUUCCACUUUCUGAUUAGUGUUACAAGUCAUUCGGUGUUCUCCUGAAACGGGUGUUGGCAAUUGCUCGAUCAUUUCUCGGCAACUUCUCCGCACAACUGGGACUGGAACAGCUGCAUCAGAACUUGGAGUGGCGCGUUCGAAGCUGCAUGCGCUGUUGAAUGAAAGAAAACUAAACUACCAAGAGCAAUUCCUCAACUCUGAACAUUUGUUUGAUUUCAAAAGUGUUUGUUACUUAUUUAUUAUAUAUAUAUAUCUUUUUUUUUAAAGAAUACGAAUAUUAUUUUUAGACCAACGCGCUUAACGCUCUUGGAGCCUUGAUCGGGAGCUUGGAAUGGACUCCACAAAGAUGACUUUGGACCGGAGCCCUCUGCCUCCUAAGACAAACUCUCUCCAUUCCGUGGGUUUACCUGCCUGCUCACCCAAACGGCGCUUCAUAAAGCUGGGGAGAAAACCAAGUGAUGGCUCUUCACAGUCAGGUUCCUCUGGUUCCAGUACCAGGUCAGCUGACAGUGUGGGCGUGGACGUCAUCCGACAGCCAUCCAGGAGUCGCAUCCGCCGUCAUACCAACCGCUUGUCUGCUGUGUUCCAGCGAGGCUCCGCCCAUAACGCCACCGCCACGGCCUUACCCGGGUUACCUGGCUUACCUAGCCACGCUUGGAAGGAGUCGAAUGACAGAAUUUCUCCCGGGGAUGCAUCAAUGACAGACGACCCUGCUGAACUGUCCAAUCAGAUAACGGCACCAGGCAUUCUGAAGAUCUUUGGCAGUGAGAUCUGCCAGGGGGCAAACUACAAGAGCGUCCUGGCAACAACACACUCCAGUGCUAAGGAGCUGGUCAAAGAGGCACUGGAGAGGUACGGUCUGAACAAGGAAGAGGCGGAGUCGUAUGUUCUCUGCGACUCCAUUGGCUACGUGGGUGACCACCAGUGGAAGACGGAAUGCUUCCGGGUCGUCAGUGACAAUGAGAAGCCCCUCCUCCUGCAGUCACUAUGGAAACCCAGGGAAGGUUUGGCGAGGCGGUUUGAGAUCCAGAGGAGAGCCAGUGUGGAGGAAAAGAGAUCAAGAGACAAGGACACGGUCACUGCUGGCAUCAACGCCCAGGCUCGUAAACUCCAGAAGAGCCGCUCUCGAGUCACCUCUGCCCUGAUCGAGAGGAGGAGUGUGUAUGUGACCUCUACCCUAGAGAGGGGUGUGUGUGGGGCUUGGAACCAAAAGGACAGGGUUGGGAGGGUAUGUGGGGUCCAGAAUAAGUCUGAACGGGGGCCGGGUCUGUGUAGGAGCCAGAGUGAAGCAGACCUCUCACCCCAGUCCACAGAAACUCAACAGAGACACCAACAGAACCCCACUGAGCCCCUUAGUCAGAAGCCCAGUGAGUUCCACACUCCCAGUCAAGACGAGAACCACAAUCAGUGUCACAGUCAGGACCAUGAACAGAAUGUGGAACACAAUCACAAAUUGAACCUCGAUAAGAACCUCAAACAGAGAGAUGAAGAGAGCUAUGUUGACGCCAAUGUUCCCCCUCUGGAGGACCCCGGAUCAGAGACUUACACAGAGCCCCUCUGUCCUUCCCCUGAGAUGGAGAGAGAGAGGGAGGAGACAGAGAGCAGUGACGAUAACGUAACACUUUACUCCAUUCACCCUCCCCAAGACUGCCCCUACCUACUGCUGCUACAGGGCUACAGCAACAGACAGGACUUCGUCAUCUACCUGCUGAACGGUUCAAGCACGUUGAUUGGUCGAUGUGGUGGCGAAGACAAGGAGAGGUCAAAGGUUGAUUUCCCGCUCUCUGCCCCCGACAUCCUGCCUCUUCACUGCUGCCUAUGUCGCCAUGACCACAACGAUAAAGGUUCCACCGUCCGCCUCCAUCCCUUCCACAGUGCUAUGGUAACACGGAACGGGGAGACGUUGUCCAAAGAGGCAGAGCUUAGUCCAGGUGAUGUCAUCGGGAUGGGACGUCACUACCUAUUCUUGUUCAAGGACCCCACUGCCUGGGUUGUUAUGCAGAAGGUGAAGGACCCCACUUCUUCUCCCGAUCCUACAGUUACUGCUGCUCCCGGGGUUCUGCCCCAGGCCACUACACUCGCUACUAGUGAACCAGCACUCUGCAACACCUGUAUCUCAGCUAGUGGGACCAGAGAAAUAAGGUCUAGAAGGGCCACAGCUUGCCUAAACAACCCUGAGGGUCGUGGCCUGAACCUACUCUACGUUGUGGAGCACGAGGAUGCCGUCGUCGAGGAAAUCGUUGCCAUGGGGAGGGUCCAUAGAGACAAGCCGCCGUUGACUGUAGCAUUCCUGCUGAGUGUGUGUGUCGAACAUUCCGCCACACACCUCCAAACCUCAGACCUCCGCAGACUACUGCUGCUCAUAGCCAGCCAGGUCCAGAAUGCCAUGUGGGAACACACCAAGGAGCUUGCUGCUAAUCAACCAGAAGUUCUCUGUAGUGACCCAGAGGAGCAGCAGCCUCUCAACCUGGCAGAACUGGUCUCAGGCCUGCGUACCCUGGUGGUCUGGAUGUCCAAUGCCCUGGAGCUGCUGUAUUACAUCCAACAACAGAUGCCCCAAACACUGGCCUGGAGGUCACACAGAGAACAAGGGGUGGAGGCAGAGGGAGAGGAACACAAUGACAAGGAGGAUGAAGAGAGGGAGGAGGAGAGCAUGGCCCUGUUGGAGAUGAGGCUGUCGUGUGUGAGGUUGGCCAGUGAAGAAGCCAUGACGGUUCUGGAGGAAGUUAUCAUGUUGACCUUUCAGCAGUGUGUCUACUACCUCACCAAGACUCUGUAUCCAAUUCUGCCUAGUUUGCUGGACAGUGACCCAUUCAGGGGGAGCAGUGGGCUGCUUCUCCCCGAGCAAAAUGAGCUGUUCCUGGAUAGCGGUGGUGUGCAGGUCCCUGGAGAGACAGACCAGGUCCUGGAGGUCCUGACAGAGACCAGCAGACUGCUACAGGACUGUCAGCUCCACCAUGAGAUCUCCUCUCAGCUCCUGGCCUAUCUCUUCUACUUCAUCAAUGCUUCACUGUUCAACACACUCAUGGAGAGAGGUUCAGAGGAUGAAUUCUACCAGUGGUCCAGAGGGGUCCAUAUCAGCGCUAACCUAGACCUGCUACUGGACUGGGCCCAAGGGUCUGGACUGGGUGACUUGGUUGUGGAACAUCUCCACACACUCUCCUCUGCUGUCAACCUACUGGCCACUCCAAGGGAACAACUAAUGCAGUCCUCCUGGGAGUCCCUGCGAUGUGCGUUCCCCAGUCUGAGUCCAGCCCAGCUCCACCACCUGCUGAGAGGCUACAGCCCAGCCACACCCUGGCCCCCACACUGGGCCCCUUCUGAUGAGGAUCACCUAGCUACACAGAACACUGCUGAUAUCCUGGAGAGUUUUGACAGCCACCCUCCCCUGGUGCUGCCCAGCUCUGGUUUCAGCCUGAGGCUUGGGGGAGAGGUGACAGACUCAGGCCUGGCUGGACAGCUCAGGAGGCUGCAGGAGUUUAUCAGCAACCUGUCUGUCAAAGAGUCACCAGAGAAUUUCAGUCAUAUGCACACGCAACAGGAAUAUGCUGUUCCCACGGAAGCCAAGAAGACAAAAAUGGCAACUCUCCCAAAGGCCUCCCUGGAGUCUCUCGAAUCCCCCCCCGUAGAGAAGGUCCUACCUCUGGACUCUCCUCCAUCACCCCCCUCUCAAUUAUCUACGCCCUCUCCCCUUCACCCUCCCCCCUUUCCCCCCCAGCAAAGCCCUUCUCCCCCAAGUGAUUUGAACUCUUGUGGGGCCCUACUGACCCAAAAGCUGAAGAGCCUGGAGCUCCAGUUCAGAGAGACAGACCUAAGCCCCCUCACCCAGAGGAGGUCUGCCCUGGACCCCUCCUGUCUCCUCACCCCUCCUAACACCCCCCACAGCCUGGAGCUGGUUGAACCAGAGACUGAGCAUCAGGAGGAUGAAGAGGUGUUUACUCUAGAGCUACAGAGAGGAGAUAGAGGACUGGGAUUGGCUCUAGUGGAUGCAAGGGUGAGUGACAGAGACAAGGAUAUGCACUUAAAAAAAAGUACUAUUUGGAUCAACCCCCCCAAAAAAUAGUUCAACUGAUUACAAGUAAAUUAGUUGUGCUCUUAUGGCAGUAUCUUUACAGAAGAUGGCAGUAUUCAGGUUUAAAUUGGAAAAACAAAUACAAUAGACCAGAUUAACUGGAAUGACAACAAACAAAAAAAGAACAAACUGAAAACCACGCCCCCAAUAAACCACGCCCCCAACUCUUCUGAUUGGCUGCUGCCGCUACAUUGCCCCCAUCGCUUUUCAAUGCACAUGAGGUGUUGAAAGCAAUUAAGAAGCUUUCAUUCAAUUCCAAAAAUCACAUUGAUCUGACAAAUUCUUUAUUUGAUUUCAGACAAACUGAAUAGGUUGAACAAACCAAAGCGUAAUUGUAGAUCAUUCCAAAAGUGUACUCUUCUCUAUUCUGACCCAUCUGAAACAUCCUGCAGCUUUCCAGGACCAGUGGUGUUUGUGAUGUCUGAGUGAAUGGCCUUAACCUUGGUAAGGUUCAUCUUUAGGUAAUAACUAAUUCUGAAAACAUUCAAUUUAGACCUCCCUGGUAGCCCCGAUGGCUAGCUGAGAACUCACUCAGAGAAAAAACAACACGGUCCAAGGUCAAAUCAAUGAAGCUCAGAUGACAAGAGUAGCCAUUUUUAAAAUCUCUAUCUGCCCUAAAAAACAGGUUUUGUCAUAAAAAUGGUAUGAUGUUUUAUACUGUCUCCUCCACACCUGGGUCCAAUAGUCCAGCAUGGUGGUAUGAGAACUGUUUGUUUUCUUGCUUUUCAGGACUGGGUUUGCAGUUUUUUUAGGUAAUUAGUAGACAUGAGAGGAUGCAAAUGAACUGCUUUUGGUAUGCAUUAUUUGGUCACUCCGUCUCUAGAAGUGUAUUUUGUGUCAGACAUUGCCUCCUGGUGGUCUGGGAGUGCAAUUUCUGUGUUCAUGAAACUCAUGAACAUGAGUAAAUAACCUCAUGUCACAGCGAGUAAUGUUUACGUGCACCUGGGCCAUAAUUAUAAUAUAUGGGGUGGCCCCCAAUAUAUAUUAGAAUUGUACGUAAACCUUGCUCACUGUGACAUGAGGUUAUUUACUCAUUAAAAUAUGCUCAAAAUGCCCCCCCAUCUUGAUAUAAAAAAUAUAAACUUUUUUUUUUUGCUAUGCUACGACAGGCAACCACGCAUCGCCGUCUGAAAUAAUCAUUAGCAAAUGUCAUCAUAAUUAUAACUUAACAAAUUGCCAUUAUUAUUACUACCGGUUCUAGUAUUACGGUGUACUGCAAUUCUGCGUGUGGCUUGUCCAAGUGGUUUUGCCGUACUCCAGCAGAAGCCGUUGCUCGACUGCUGUGGGUAGAUAUAAUCAAUGUUAAACACUGUACUGUCUUUCUAUUUCAUUACUUUCAAAUGUAUUAACAAGUGGAAAACUAUAAUGUAAUAUGAGUGUUACGUAGGCUAUUUCACUGUCGAUUCUGAUAGUUUUGACGUCACACGUCAUUUUGAGCGGGACUGUAAUUGUGGAAAUAAAUAUUUGCAAAAAAGUGUCAGUAAUUGCAUGGAGUGGAAAUAAACGUUUUUGGUAAAAACGG